AUGUCUUCUGAAAAUUCCAUAUCGAACGAUUCCAUAGGAAAUGAUUCGAGUGAAGAUCAUGACAUUGAAAAAUUACCAACGCCAGGAAAGUCGAAGUUUGGCAAAGAUGGCUUGUCCUCAAAUAGCACCGUUAACGAAUUCCAAGGCUUUAAUGAUGCAACUGCCAAAAGUGUUCAAGAAUUGGCUAGAACUUUAACUCAUGAUUCAAUACUGUCAAAUACUGGAGGAGCUGAAGACUUUCAACUAAAUGAAGAUAAAUCGUCAAAUGGUUUAAUUAGAUAUCUAUCUCAUAUGUCCCAAAUCCCAGGUGUGUCUCCAUAUAACGAUGACGAUAUAAAUGAUAGAUUAAACCCAUACUCAGAUUCAUUCGAUGCCAAAUUUUGGGUUAAGAAUUUAAGAAAAUUAUUCGAUUCAGAUCCUGAUUAUUAUAAACCAUCGAAAUUAGGAAUUGCUUAUCGUGAUUUAAGAGCUUACGGUGUGGCCGUCGACUCAGAUUACCAACCAACUGUCACUAAUGCUCUUUGGAAAACAACCGUUGAAGCUCUUAGAUCAACUCAAAAGAAAGAUGAUUCUCGUUACUUCAAUAUUUUAAAAUCAAUGGAUGCCAUAAUGAAACCAGGUGAAGUCACAGUUGUAUUAGGUCGUCCUGGUUCUGGUUGUUCUACUUUGUUAAAAACCAUUGCUUGUAAUACUUAUGGAUUCCAAAUUGGUGAAGAAUCAAGAAUCACAUACGAUGGAUUAACUCCAGAAGAUAUUCAAAAACAUCACCGUGGUGACGUGGUCUACUCCGCAGAAACCGAUGUUCAUUUCCCUCAUUUAUCUGUUGGUAAUACAUUAGAGUUUGCCGCUCGUUUAAGAACUCCACACAAUAGAGGAUUAGGAGUCGAUAGAGAAACAUACGCUAAACACAUGGCUAGUGUAUAUAUGGCAACGUAUGGUUUAUCUCAUACAAGAGAUACUAACGUUGGUAACGAGUUUGUGAGAGGUGUCUCUGGUGGUGAAAGAAAGAGAGUCUCAAUUGCUGAAGUAUCUCUUUGUGGUGCCAAUUUACAAUGUUGGGAUAAUGCCACUAGAGGGUUGGAUGCCGCUACUGCAUUAGAGUUCAUCAGAGCUUUAAAGAAAUCUGCUACUAUUUUAGAAGCUACACCAUUAAUUGCUAUUUAUCAAUGUUCACAAGAUGCAUAUGAUUUAUUCGAUAACGUUGUUGUUCUUUAUGAAGGAUAUCAAAUCUUUUUCGGUAAGGCUGAUAAGGCCAAAGAAUAUUUCGUUAAUAUGGGAUGGGAUUAUCCACAAAGACAAACCACAGCAGAUUUCUUAACCUCAUUAACAAACCCAACUGAAAGAAUCCCAAGACAAGGAUUUGAAUAUAAAGUACCAAACACUGCUGAAGAGUUCGAGGCUUAUUGGAGAAAAUCACCAGAAUAUAAAUCAUUAAUUAAUGAAAUCGAUCAACAUUUUAUUGAUGUCGAAGUCAACAACUCCAAACAAUCAUACCACGAUUCACAUGUUGCUCGUCAAUCCAAAAACAUCUCCCCCAAAUCUCCAUACACUGUUUCAUUCUUCAUGCAAGUACGGUAUCUUAUGGGAAGAAAUAUUCUUCAAUUAAAAGGUGAUCCUUCAAUUGCAAUAGGUUCCAUAUGUGGUAAUUUCGUCAUGGGUUUAAUUCUAUCAUCAGUGUUUUUUAACUUGCAAGAAACCACUUCCUCCUUCUAUUAUCGUGGUGCUGCAAUGUUUUUUGCAGUGUUAUUUAAUGCAUUUUCCUCCGUUUUAGAAAUCAUGUUGGUGUUUAUUUCAAGACCUAUUGUGGAGAAACAUAAGAAAUACGCUCUUUAUAGACCUUCUGCUGAUGCUCUAGCGGGUAUUAUUACUCAAUUACCGGUCAAACUAUGUGUUGCUUUCUCAUUCAAUCUUGUCUUUUAUUUUAUGGUUCAUUUCAGACGUGAACCAGGUGCUUUCUUCUUUUAUUUGUUAAUGUGUUUCACCUGUACAUUAGUAAUGUCCCAUAUUUUCCGUGCAAUUGGUUCAAUUGCAAAUACUUUAGCCAGUGCUAUGACUCCUGCUACCGUUAUGUUAUUAGCUAUGAUCAUUUAUACCGGUUUUGCUAUUCCAGUUCCAAAGAUGUUAGGAUGGUCUAGAUGGAUCAGUUAUAUCAACCCAGUAGGAUAUGUUUUCGAAUCAUUAAUGGUAAAUGAAUUCUACGGUCGUGAAUUCACUUGUUCAACCAAAGUUCCUGCUGGUCCUGGUUAUUCAAAUUUAGAUCCUGGUACUUUUGUUUGUAACACUGUUGGUUCUGUUGCAGGAUCCCCUGUCGUCCUGGGAACCACUUAUUUAGCUGAAAGUUACAGUUAUUUCCACUCUCAUAGAUGGAGAAACUGGGGCAUUGCCGUUGCUUAUGUUGUUGUGUUCUUAUUCGUCUAUAUCGGUUUAACAGAGUAUAACAAAGGUGCUAUGCAAAAGGGUGAAAUUGUCUUAUUCCUUAAGGGUUCUUUAAAGAAAUAUAAACAGCAAAAGAAAAUCAAAGAUGCUGAAAACCUUGCUAAUGAGAAGGUUCCACUUGGAGAUCAAAUUGAGUCCACCAAACCUGAUAACAAAGUCAAUGACAAUAGUUUGCCAUCAUCAAAUGAUAUUUUCCACUGGAGAGAUUUAACAUACCAGAUCAGGAUUAAAAAGGAAGAUCGUACUAUAUUGAAUCAAGUUGAUGGAUGGGUCAAACCAGGACAAAUCACUGCUUUGAUGGGUGCUUCUGGUGCUGGUAAGACUACAUUAUUGAAUUGUUUAUCAGAAAGAGUUACUACUGGUGUUAUUACGGAUGGUGUUAGAAUGGUCAAUGGGCAUUCCUUAGAUAGUUCAUUCCAAAGAUCCAUUGGUUACGUCCAACAACAAGAUUUACAUUUACCAACCUCAACAGUCAGAGAAGCAUUUAGAUUUUCUGCUUACUUGAGACAACCAGCUUCUGUUCCAAUUUCCGAAAAGAAUGAUUAUGUUGAAUACAUUAUUGAUUUAUUAGAAAUGACUGAAUAUGCAGAUGCUAUUGUUGGUGUUGCCGGUGAAGGAUUGAAUGUUGAACAAAGAAAGAGAUUGACUAUUGGUGUUGAAUUAGUUUCCAAACCUAAAUUAUUAUUAUUCUUAGAUGAACCAACUUCUGGUUUAGAUUCGCAAACUGCUUGGUCUAUUUGUAAGUUGAUGAGAAAAUUAGCCGAUCAUGGACAAGCUAUUUUAUGUACUAUCCAUCAACCAUCAGCUUUAUUAUUGAAAGAAUUUGAUAGAUUAUUGUUUUUGCAACUGGGAGGUCAGACUGUUUAUUUCGGAGAUUUAGGUGAUGAAUGUAGUUCAUUGAUCAAAUAUUUCGAGAAGUACGGUGCUGACCCAUGUCCCCCAGAAGCUAAUCCUGCUGAAUGGAUGUUAGAAGUUGUUGGAGCUGCUCCAGGUUCCCAUGCUAAACAAGAUUAUUUUGAAGUUUGGAGAAAUUCUGAUGAAUUUAGAGACGCUCAAAUAGAAUUAGAUAAAAUGGAGAGAGAAUUAGUACAUUUACCAAGAGAUACUUCCGCUGAAGCUCAUUUGAAAUAUGCUGCUCCGAUCUGGAGACAGUAUUUAAUUGUUUCAUGGAGAGUUCUUCAAGAAAAAUGGAGAUCACCCAGUUAUAUUUAUUCAAAAGUGUUUUUAAUUGUUUCUUCUGCUUUAUUCAAUGGGUUUUCAUUCUUCAUGGCAGAUAAUUCUAUGCAAGGAUUGCAGAAUCAAAUGUUUGCUAUCUUCAUGUACUUGAUUGUUUUCAACACUUUAAUUCAACAAAUGGCUCCAUAUUUCAUCAUUCAAAGAGAUCUUUAUGAAGUAAGAGAAGCACCAUCCAGAACUUAUUCAUGGUUUGCAUUCAUUACAGGACAAAUCACAUCUGAAAUCCCAUUCCAAAUUGUUUGUGGCGCGAUUUCAUUUUUCUGUUGGUAUUAUCCUGUUGGAUUAUAUAGGAAUGCCAUACCUACUGAUCAAGUUAAUUCACGUGGUGUUUUGAUGUGGAUGUUCUUAACAGCAUUUUUAGUUUAUGCUACAUCCAUGGGUCAAUUAUGUUUAUCCUUCAUAGAAGUAGCCGAUAAUGCAGUUAAUUUGGCUACUAUAUUGUCAAGUUUGUGCUUAAAUUUCUGUGGUGUAUUAGCUGGUCCCGAGAUUUUACCAAGAUUCUGGAUUUUCAUGUAUAGAGCCAAUCCAUUCACUUACUUAAUGCAAGGAAUUUUAGCCACCGGAUUAGCUAAUACCAACGUCAUUUGUGCCGAAGAAGAGUUAUUAGUCUUCAAUCCUCCAAGUGGUGAGACAUGUGGAAGCUAUAUGGCACCAUACAUGAGUUUCGCAGGUGGUUAUUUGACUGAUAUUAAUGCAACUUCAGGAUGUCAAUUCUGUCAAAUGGGUUCUACUAAUGUCUUUUUGACCAGUGUCAAUGCACACUUUUCACAAAGAUGGAGAAACUUUGGUAUAUUUGUCUCUUUCAUUGGUAUCAAUAUCAUCUUGACAAUUAUUUUCUAUUGGGCUGCCAGAGUUCCCAAACGUAAUAGAGAAAAGAAGAAGGUUAAGAAGGAUCAGUAG